AUGGAGGCUAUCCAUGAAACAAAAGAUGUUUUUGGAAGGUAUCGAAAGACCGAACCUACAUUUUUAAUAGCAACUAGAGGAAUAGUAUUAUUAAUUAUUAUAGCUUUGCUCGCGGGAUAUUUUGCUAUUUUAACGAUUUUCUUGGUAUUUGAUGGUGGUGUUAUUAAAAGUAAUUUGGAACCUUCGUCAGUAAUUCCUAUUCCAGAUUUGGAACUUAUAUUUAACUAUCAUUUUAAUAUUUCUUGUGUGUUUCGAUUUACUGAUGGCAGUGAAUCAGCACCCCAAGAAUGUUCAUCAUUUAUCCUUCAACCAUCAUGUAAUAAUGCAACCUCAGAUGACCGUUGGCAUGGAUACUUUACAGCAACAGAAGGGCUUGUGUUUAAUCAGACAGCCAAACGAUAUGGGAUGUACUUUACAAUAAAUAUUGAUGAUCCAAGAUAUGUUCGAGAUAAUGAUAAAGGGAUGUUGAUAAAAGCUUUUGAUUCGGAAUUUAAUCCCAUUACAGUUCCAUUGAGCGUUAAUGAAUCGGCGCAUAAAAUAGAUGGAGAAUUUUUCAAAUCGCUUGAUGAUUUGAACCUACACGUUAUUGGAUUUCAACAAAUGAAUUGGAUGUUUAUAAAUAGGCAUAUUAGAAGAAAACAAGUUUCAAAUUUUUGGACUAUAUUAGGAAUUCCGCCUAGCCAUUUUGAAGAGAAAUAUAUUACCACUAAAUAUGAAUCCGUAACAAAUCCUGGAACUGCAGCUUUAGCUUCUACUAAUCAGACUAUUACCGGUCAACAAUUUUAUGCUAAUUUAUUUGUUGGAACAAUGAAUUGGUUUCAAAAUGUAGAAACAGAAGGAAAUUUACUCGCUGGAUUCUAUGGCCUUCUUAUCGGAAUAUAUAUAUUGUGUUUCGGAUUUGCACCGGUCCAUCCGUGGGGUCUAUGUCAAAGCUUCUUUUUGCGUCGUCGUAUAAAGCAAGAACUUCACAAAAAACAAUAUCCAAAAGCAAUUCCAUUGAUCGAACAACCACGUACAGAUGAAACUUUAACAGAGCGUAUAAAUUAUUUAGAACAAUUUUUAAAACAAUUUUUCUGCGAUGUUAGUUUUAUGGAAGAAUUAAAGGAUGAAAAUGGAUUAGAAGAUGCGGUCGAAACGAUUGGAAAAUAU